UUUCAGUUGUUCUAAAUGUCAUAUAUAUUCCUAGUCGCAAUUUUUUUCAAAUUUUAUUCAUACUUUAAGUUAUGAUAAUUUUGCUAAAUGCUCUUGUAAUUAGCUUCUUUUUAAAAUUUGUUACCACGGAUCAGACCCCUAACACCCAAAUCUUCGUGGGACCCCCUUCCUUCUCAAUUUUCGAGCAAGACUUCUACUAUCCCGGAACUCGCCUGCACAUUGAAUGCCUCUCAAUUUCAAUACCUCCUGAAACUGCAUUUUUGGAGUAUAGAACCAAGAAAACUGGAAGUUUUGUGAGGAUCAACUAUCAAAGGGCGAUAAGUGAUGAUGGAACUUUUGAUAGUGGAGUAUUUUACAAUGUCAGCUUAACGGAAGACAUCGAGUUCCUGUGUUGGACACGGGGGCAGGGACACCCCUCAUUCAAACACAUCCAUGUUGCCGAUGGGCCCUCCAAGGCGUUCUAUAAUGUUGGCGGAGCCCCGCGUUUUCAAAAAUCCGUGUAUGAACAAGAUACAGUCAAUUUGUUCUGUGCAAUACCCCACUCUGCAAUCAAUUGGAAAGUUUCCUGGAGGUUAGAGAACUCAAACUCCACGUCCGAUCUGUCAGUCACAACAUUAAUCGAUGGAAAUUCAAAGUACCAUGUGACAACUGUGAAAAACAUCACAAAAUCUGGAGUAUACACAUGCGUUAUUGAAGCCGACAAGUUUAAAGAAAGAAGACAGCUCCUGGAAACUGUGAUAAAGGUGAAGCCAGCUUCCACUAGGCCUGAGCCAAUAAAGUCUUCCAAAAUGGCAAUACCCAAUUGCAAAAGCUCAAUUGAAAUUGAAAUCCAGUGCAAUAUAACCGGUCACCCCUUACCUGAAUACAGUUGGGUCACUGAUGAAAGCUCUGGGAGCACCUUGACAAUCUCUGAGGACUCUGGAGUAUUCCAGUGCAUUGAUUCCAAAAAUCGAUAUGUUGAAGUUAACGUCACAGGAUCCCAUAGAAAAGCUCUGGGUUUUUAUAUAAUUGUGGCUUUAUUGAUGAGUGUUACAGUUGGAGUUUGCGUUUUUCUGAUCUCAGAGCGAGUGGCGAAUGGUACGGAAAAGAAGAGACCAGUACAGUACAAUCUUCGCGGACAUUUUUUAUGAUCAACGUUAUCGGGUCUCUUGUAUUGAUAAAAAAUUUAAUAUGAUACUCUUGUAUUAAAAGAUGAUAAACUGAUUAGUAUGAGGAA